AACUAAAAAUAUGCCGAUUUUUGUCCAGUCACAUUGUGUCAGAUAGAUUCUUCCUCAGUCAUAUUUACAAAUUUCUGACAAAGAGGUUAAAUUUAGAAGAGAUAGAUCGUUCAAAGCAUAUAAAAGCGAAGUUUUGCGGAGCGAUCAACAAUUUAAGAAACUUUCAGAAAUCCCAGAAGAAACAAGUCAAGUAUUUGCAGAAGAAGUUCAAGAACUCGAGAGCAUGGCAUUUCAUUUCCGAUUUCCAACACAUCACCCAUACAAUUAUUAUAACGGAGUUCCUGGCGGGUUCGACCUUUUCCACGAGAUGGGGAGGGAGAUGGCUUUUGCCUUUGAACAAGACGUCACCAACUGGGUGAAGGGACCGCCUCAAAAGGGAAUUGUAAAGAUUGCAUCUGUCCUAUUGAGUCACUUCAAACCUGAAGACAUCACACUUGAAGUCGAUAGCGACAAGGUGACCCUACAUGGAAAAUUCUGCUUAGAGAGAGAAGACGGAUUCGACAAAAGUGAAUUCAAGAGGCUUUUUAAACUUCCGCAAAAUGUCGAUCCGACUACUGUGACGUCACGCAUUACUCAAGAUGGCAGCAUCCUCGUCUUAGAGGGUUUCAAACGAGUGGGAGAGAAAGCGGAUGAAGGCAAAUUUGAGAUCAAGUUGGAUGUAAGUUGCUUCAAGCCCGAAGACAUCAAGAUUCAACAGCAUGGAAAUGAGUUGAGAGUCAGUGGAAAACAGAUAGUGAAAGAAGGCAGGAAUUCAAAGAAGAAAAGCUACACGUAUAUAGGGAAAGUUUUCGCGAAGCGAUCAACAGUUCUUAGCAAGGUCACAGAAGUAAGGAGUGCCGACAAGCUAGAGAAAGCAAACGGAGAAUUUCAGCAGAGGAAAAAUAUGGCUCUUGUUUUCAGAUUUCCAACUUAUCGUCCGUGCAUAAGUGCCAACAAGCUACAGGAAGCAAAGGAAGAAUUUCAGCAGAAGAAAAAUAUGGCUCUCGUUUUCAGAUUUCCAACUUAUCGUCCGUGCAAUUACUACAAUCAAGUACCCAGUGGGUUCGACUUUUUCCACGAUCUGUGGAGAGAGAUCGCUUUGGCCUAUGAACAAGAAGUCGGCAACCCUUGCUGCGUUAAAAGACAGGAACAGUCUCACAAGGGAGCAGUGAAGAUCGCUUCUGUUCUACUAAACCAGUUCAAACCCCAAGAUAUCACACUUGAAGUUGAUAGCGACAAGGUGACCCUACAUGGACAGCAGCGCUCAGAAAGAGAGGACGGGUUCGACACAAGCGAGUUCAAGAGAGUCUUCAAACUACCACAAGAUGUCGAUCCGACUACCGUGACAUCACGCACUACUCAAGAUGGCAGCGCGCUCGUCAUUGAGGGCUCAAAACGGGUGCAAGAGAAGGAGGAUGACGGCAAGUUUAAGAUCAAGUUGGAUGUAAGUGGCUUCAAGCCAGAAGAGAUCAAAGUGCACAUUCGUGGAAAAGAGCUGAGUGUGAAUGGAAAACACACGUCGGAAGAUGGCGAGGUUUGCAUGUCACGUGAUUAUAGUCGCCGCAUUGCGUUGCCUGAUGACAUAGUUCUUGGUUCGGUGACGUCACGUUUGUCCAAAGAAGGCCUGCUGACGAUUGAAGCAUCACGUGACUCUGCCUUGCUGCCAAGCGAGAGAAACAUUGACAUUGCCAUGGAGACAGAUCAACCAGAGGAUGGACCAAAAUCCUCCACCAGCAGCGAAACAGCAGAAACUGAGUAGUUGUAGAGUUGUCAUUUAAGGGUUCCAACGAUAAGUACUCUCGUCCCUUUCACAUGUCUGAUUCCCUUUAUUCAACGUGGUUAUUCUCUUAUAUAUUACAAUUUACAGGUACUCAGGAAUAGUAGUUUUAAAGCAUGCAGAUGUCACACAAUGUAACUAUUGUACAGCAUAUGGUGUGAUAUGGUUGUUAUGGAGAUCAGUACACUACGGUAGUAAAAUUAUAUCUUUUAAGAACUAGAAAACAAAGUGUAAGAAUCUUGGUUGAUCAAUGUUAUUAAGGCUGAUUAUCUCAAGCGAGGAAAGCUAAAAUUCUUGAGUAGCACUGAAAUAGCAGAAACUUAGCGCUUAUUUGAUGUCUGAUGAAAAUGAAGAGUGGUAAGGUGAGAGGUAGAAAGACCUUUGCUUGGGCAAAUGAAAAUUAUAGUCAAAAUUUAACUGACACUUGUGCUAUAGGUUUUCAAUUAGCAUGAUUCAUGAUUAAAAGAUGCAUUGUUUUAUGCCUUUGACAGAAUUGCAGCUAAAACUUUCAAAUCAAAAGUAUAUUAUAGUACCGCUUUGUACUUUUCAUCGGUAGUAAUAAACUCGAGGUUAAAAACUGUAA